CCUUAAUUUGCAUGUUUGUGCCCCGUUGCCAUCGUGUUCGCUUCCAGUUCUAGUUCGGCAACUCACUAAGCCUGGAUCCAGCAGCAAUUUCUUGUUAAUUGCAUCAUACUGAAUGACAUUGCGUCCGCUGGAGCCAUGAUGGCUGCUGUUUUGUGAAAGUUCGCGUGUUAACUUUCCAGUUUCGAGCGCUGCGACGCCUGCGCCUACGCCGCGCUAGGCAAAACAAAGUAAUAACAUGCAGAGUAUGAGACUAUUACGGCCGACAUCUAGCUGGCGUGGCCGGGAGGGCUCGGCAACGCUGUUCAGCAAGCGGUGUUGCGCCCUCGCCGCGCUCUCUGUCUCAUGCCUGAUACUUAUACUGGCGCUAAACCAAGCUCCAUGGAGUAGCUCGAGCAGCAAAUCGGUUGCAUCGCGGCGCAGCUUGCUUGGGUUCAGGUCGCAGAAAUCGCAACCCUUGCGGGCUGUCCGGCGGAAGUCCGUCGACGAUACAUUUGCCACCAUCUUCCACUCCGAGCUCAUCGACCUGUUCGGCCUACACAAGGGCGGCCCCGAACCCGUCGACCAGCUCUUAGUCACGCUGCGGCAGCUGCAGGCGGCGCGCAUCCGUACCGUCAUGUUCUCCAUCAGCUGGGCCUGGCUGGAGCCGGCGCAGGGGCAGCUUCGGUGGGGCUACCUGGAGGACGUGGUGGGCAGCGCCUGCAGCCACACGGAGCUGAAGGUGACCCUUAUCGUGGACCUGAUGCGUGCGCCCGACUGGCUGUUUGUGCUGCACCCGGGCGCUGCCGUGCUGGACGCGGGCGGGCGCAACUACAGCCACCUGUCCUGGUUCCACAGCGCCGCCAAUGAGGUGGCCCUGGGCUCACUGCGGCAGGUGGUUGAGGGGCUGUCAGCCAAGUAUGAGGGCUGCAUCAGCGGCGUACAGCCCGUGUACAACAACGAGUACGAGGCCAAGUACACCCAGGAGUUCGACAGCUACCAGGACUACAACGCCGCCGCCCUGGCCUCCUACCGCUCCCUCAUGCGCACACGCGUGGGAGGAGACCUGGGCAGGCUCAACGCCCGGUGGGAGACCCAGUUCAGCUCGUGGGAGGAGGUGGCGCCGCCCAAGCUGCAUGCGGGGGCGGUCAUGGGGCCGGACGAGAGCGCCAGUUUCUGGGACUGGCAGCAGUUCCGGGUGCAUCACGGCGCCUCGGUGUUCAACCAGGCGUGUGCGGUGGUGCAGGCCGCGGGGGUGCGCUGCUUCCACCACUUCCCGGAGUUCUUCUCGGUGUUGGACGCGGUGUACGGCGCCGCCAUGUUCAAACACAUUGCCGCCAGCCCACACACAGACUUCCUGAUCAUGGACUCCAACUUCCGCACCUCCACCGGCGCCCUCAUGGACCCACGCAAACUGCGGCUGUACAUCGCCGCCGCACACGCCUACGGCAAGCCCACCUACUUCGAGGCGGCGGUGGAGCGCUUUGCAGACGUGAAGUUGCUGCAGGCCGGCUACGCGCACGCGCUGCUUGCGGGCGCCUCCAACAUGGGCCUCACCAACUGGCUGGGCCGCAUAAACAUCACAGACCCACAGCUGGCGGCAGCCAUGCACGUGGAGGGCGGGCCGGAGGCGGCGGCAGCGGCGACAGCCGCGGCAGGGGCUGGGUCAGGUGUCGGCUGUGGGGCGAUCAGUGAGGCCAGCGAGGUGGUGGGUGUGUUCAUCCACCUGGACUCAUGCGGUGCGUGGCACGGGCUGCAGUGGAAGUCGCCGACCAGCAAGGACCCCUUACACGACUUUGUUGAUCAGCUGGCGGAGCGACUCAUUCCCACGAGCGCCACCACCGCCUCCGCCUCUUCCACACCCUCCACGUCCUCCUCUCCUUCUUCUGGUGCUGGCGCCGCUGGCGCAACCGCUGCCGUGGCUGCUGCGGGCUGUGGCACCGACGUGGCGGUGUACGUGGACCUGGGCCUCUUUGCGCAGGCGCUGGCGGCGGGGCGGUUGAGCCGGGUGGUGUUUGUGGAGCCGCUGGUGCUGGCGGGCGGCGCGGAGGUGGCGGCCUACGUGGCGGCGCGGGCGGCGCUGCUGCGGGCGGAGGCGGCGGGGCUGCCGGUGGAGGUGCUGCGGCUGCCCACGGGCGGGGCGCGCGGCCUGGGGCUGCGGGUGCUGGAAGACCUGUCCUAGCUACUGGCUUGAGAGUGUAACGGCGGUGCUGUGUGCGCGCGUGUGUUGCAUGAUCCUAAUGGACAAGGCCCGCCCAUCACGCGUCGGAAUUGCUUACUGAGGCAUGCGUGUGUUUGUGUGAGCGUGUGUGUAUUCGUGUGUGUCGUGGAAGAGGAUGGUGCGGGCCUGGGAUGCAGGUCCGAGUUGAUGGCUGUCAAGCAUCUGGAUGGAACGGUGGUUCUGGAGGCGCGUGAAGCAAAUGAACUAAGUGAACUCAAAUCAUGACGUUAUGCGACACGUGAUUUGAAGCAAGCAAUUGCCGACUGCUGCUGUGAGUGGCCAUGCGUGCUGUGUACGCGUGCGGGAUUGGCUGAUUGGCGGGGGUAAUUGUGGGUCGGGUUGUUCAUGCCUUUGAUGUGGUUUGGGGGGUGUCAAGGUAUGCGCCCAGUGCUUGUAGUUCCGAGCGCAAUGGCGCAGUGUGCACAGGUGUGUGUGUAUAGGCCAAGGCGGAGGCGUAGCAGGAGUCACGGCUGUUGUAUGCGCUAGGUCGAAUGCAACUCUGCCGGGUCUGCGCUGCUUGGCUGUCACUUGGCAUCGGGUUGGGACUACGAAGGAACAAGACGCAAAUGACGAAUGGGCACUGCAUGUAAUCGCGUGUUUGCGCAUUCUUAUUGGUGGAACUGGGUGUGGCAGAUUGGGCACACCCAGCUAGAACCUACCCAUACCUGGGGGGCAAUAGUUCUGCGUUUCCUAAUGGUUGGACUUGGCAAUCGUUUUGGCGGCGAGGGUGGCGAUCUAGAAACCAAUGUCACACGCAUCACAACGCAUGAACAGUAUGUAGCAUCCCUGAUGAGGACUGUGCAUGAGACGUUUGAGGAAGAUUGGGAGAACAGUAGAUCCGCGUGACUGAGUGUCCCAAGACGGUGUCAAGCCAGGAGUGAAGAUGUGUCGUUACAACUUACAAGCACUGGAUGAGCAAGACGCGGCACACGCAGGUCUACAUAGUUCGAGCACGGCAUGUCUCCAUGUUGCGUUUUCGAAUAAUCGUUUGGAUGCUUGCCACGCAAUACACGGUGUGUGUGAAAGCUGCGAUGGCGAGUGACAGUCGAUACCGCAAUCCCCACGCCUGCAUUGACAUCGGCGCAGCCUCUUGCGCCCAUAACUCACUUCUUCUCUUAAAUGUCUUCAUACGCGUCGCACUCAACCUCACCAGAGGGGGCCAUCUCCGUAUCAUAGCGUGUCAUACACACGGGUAAGGCUGCGACAUAAACGACUUGACGGUGCAAUCAAUCUAGGGUUACCACAUGUUUUAUUUUGUUUUGUACAACGAGUGUAGCGGUCUGUGAGCUGGUCAGACCAAUCUACAA